AUGGUUCGAAAGCUAAAGUAUCACGAAAAAAAACUGUUGAAAAAAGUCGAUUUCAUAUCAUGGAAUAUAGACAACAACCUGCACGAGGCCAAAGUUAUGAAAAAAUAUUAUAUUCAGAAGCGGGAAGAUUAUACUAUUUACAACAAGCUGUCACGUCACAUAAGAGAUUUGUGCAGAAAAAUAAAAAAUGUUGAUCCUAAAAAUGUUUUUAGGAUAGAAGCCACAGCCCAUCUUCUUGAAAAACUGCACAGGAUGGGUUUGAUACCGACAAAAAGAAGUUUAGAGCUCUGUGAUAAUAUCAACGCCUCAUCAUUUUGCAGGAGAAGACUUCCGGCUGUCAUGGUGAGGAGUCACAUGUGUGAGAAUAUGAAAGCUGCAGUCACGUUCAUCGAGCAGGGACAUGUACGAGUAGGACCAGAAGUAGUUACUGAUCCUGCCUUCCUCGUAACCAGAAAUAUGGAAGAUUUUGUAACAUGGUCGCACGCAUCUGCAAUAAGAAAACAUUUGAUGGAAUAUAACGAGAUGGUUAAUAAUUUUUUAUAA